GAGGGGGUGCGGAAAAAUAUGGGACAUAAAUGAAAUAAACCCCUGUGGGUGCUUGCUUUAGGGAGAAAAGCAGCAAAGUUUACUUCCGAGUAACGCAUGCAAUGCAAGCGAAAUGGGUUUUACCCGCGGCGGGGGCGUUGCCACCUUGCCACGACUACAUGCUCCGCGGGAGGGGGGCGCCCUUCUCCCCCCACUGCGCUGAGGCUUAGCCGGGGCCUGGAGGGUAGGCCUCGUUGCCAUGGUGACCGCGGCCUAGCUUUGGGCUCGGGUAAUCCGAACCGGCUCUCAACUGGCGUUGCCGAGCUCGCAUGGAGGGAGCCCAGCCGGAGCAAGCACAUAUAGAAGACAUAACUCAGCAGCUCAAGGAAGAAGGGGUUGACACUACAGCGCCUGCAAAGGACCAGCUCUGUUAUGUCUGGAGUUUGUUCCUACGCAGUCAAGAGGAGUUGCAUUCUGCUGCCGGACAGUUAGAGAAACUGAGGCGACAGCAAGUGGAAGAGAUGAGAGAGGUGGAAAAUUACGUGGCCCACAUCCGUAUGUUGACUGAAGCGCGGGAUUCUUUGGCAACUGCAUUUGAGAGAGAAAAUGCGCAGCUUAGGGUGGAAGUUACACAGCUACAACUUGCACAAGGUGGAAGUGGAAUGAGUGAAUACAACAAAGCAGCAGCUGAAUUGCCUUCAGCUCUCUGGGCAGGCAUGGAGGCAGCCCCCUCUUUGGCUAUGGAUCUUGGAGAAUCUCAGCAGAAGGAAGUGGAAGAAAUGUUGGAGCAGGAAGGCUUGUUUGAUAUCGCCCACAGCAGCCCCAGUGAACAGGUUGCUUAUUUGCUGGUUGAGAGAAGCACCCUGCUGGAGAAGAUAGAUGCACUGGAGCAAAAACUGCAAUCCCCCAGCUGUUUGGAAAGCCUUUGCGCUGCUCAGCUUCAGGAUCAGUUGGAUCAUAUCCAGCGGACACUAGAAGAUGAGCUUCAGGAGCAACGGAAAUCUAUGCAGUGCACCAAAGAGAUGAUGCAUAAAUCUCAUGCUGAAGAGCUGGCUAGACAAAGUGCCUUGCUUAGGCACACUGAGCAGCACCUGGAGGAAGCCACACACAGGUUGCAGUUGGCGCAGGCAGAGAUCCGGAGGCUGACAGAAGAAUUGGCCACGCAGAAGGAAAACCAGAGCAAACUGGCUCCAUCCAUGGCAGAGAGCUUGAAAGAAGAGGCGAAUAAGGUGGAAGACAGUGAAAUGUCAGAGCUACAGAAGGCCAGGGAGCUGAACAUCCGAUUGGACCAAGAAAUCCUGGCACUACGCAGCAGAGUCCAACUCCUCGACUCGGAGAGACAAAUGUUCUUGGAGCAGGCUGAAAAGCUUGAUGAGGAGGUUCCCAAGUAUCAGGUGACUGAGGAAGAGCCAAGAUAUGUAUUAGCCAGGACGGACCAAACUAAAGAACAAGAAGGCUGCUUGUUGCAGGAUAAAAAGGGAAAUCUGAAAGCUGAAGAAGAGACAAGCAUUUUGGACGAAGCUGCCUCAGAAUCUGAACAUAACAAGGCCCUUCAUCAGAGGUGCCGCCAAGCCAUUGAAGGCGUGGAGUGCCAAAACUCACAGCUCCUGCACAAGCUCCAGAAGUUGGAACGGGAACACGAGGACCUGGUGGAGAGGAAUGAGGAACUGGAGUCCCUUCUAGGGGAGACACAGAACCAGACUAAGGAUGAGCGGGAGCAGUUUGAGUGUGAGAUAGAUGGACUGCAGAGGAAGAUUUCUCGUUUAGAGGCAGAACUGUGGAAAGCGCAGAAGAGUAAAUCCAAUAUGGCUGACGAAGAAACAAGCAAAGUGGCAGAUUCCCAAGAGGCAAGGAACAAGGCGGAGAAAAGUAAGCGAGAGAAAGUGGAAGAGCUGGAAAGCAAACUCUUGGAGGAGACAGAGUGGAGGAAGCAGCUGGCCUGCAACCUCGAAAUGACACAGAAAGCAUUGAAAGAUGGAAAGAAGGAGCUGCACAGUUCCAAGUCAGAGCUUCUGCGGCUUCGGGGAGCAGCUGAGGAAAGAGAUUUUAUGCACGUGACUCUUGAGAAACUACAGCAGGAGAAUGUGAUGCUGGAAAUGAAGGUGUCAGAGCUCUUCCAGGAAUGUGAGCAGCUCAACCACAUUCUUACAGAAGGGAAAAAACCCGGGGAAAUAUCAUUGGCAAGCCGGAGGAUGUGCCCUGAGCUGACAGCUAAGGAGAGGGCUUUGGAAGAUCAGAUCCACAGCCAGGGAGAAGAAAGAGAGCAGCUGCGUGUUAGAUUGUUAGAGAGCAAGAAGAAAACAGAGGAACUAGAAAAGAAGGUUAAGGAGAGCUAUGAAGAGAGAAGACGCCUGUGGGAAGAAAACAUGCAGUUAAGGAAAGACAUGCUGGAUCUCCAGUGUCAGCUUAACACCAAGAGCACGGCAAACGUCAGGGCGAAACGCGAGGCUGGCUUUGGAGAGAAUCCCCCCCGCAAGACACAGGCUCCCAUGGGGAGCACAGAUGGGGAACCGAAGCAGGGUCUGCUGGGGGAGAGACCUGAGCAGAAGGAGGACGGGCAUCUUCUCUGGCAGGAUGUUCAGCGCAUCCAGAACUUGGGCAGCUCCACCGAGAAGGAGCUGAGGUACGAAAGGGAGAAGAACUUGAAAUGCAACAUCUUGCUUCAGCAAGAAAACAUCAAGGUCAAAGCCGAGCUGAGGCAAAUGCAGCUGAAGCUCUCCGACUCCGCCAAGGCCUGUUCGUCACUCACUUCACAGUGGGAGCUCAGCCAGCAGAAGGUCAAAGAGCUGGAGCUGGAGCUGCUCAGGCAGACACAGGCGGCCAAGCAACUGAGCAGCCUGAGGGAGAAGAUCGCCCAGGAGAAGGCCAGGGCCACUGAGGCUGAGAGAAAGAUUUUGGAACUGCAGCAAACACUGAAGGAAUCUCACCACCAAGUACGGCUCUCUGAGACCCACGUCUUGGUGAGGAAGCAGCUGGAGGAGCAGCUGAAGGAGGCCAGGGAAGAGGAAACCAAGGCCCAGCGGCAGUUCCAAGAGGAGCAGCGAAAAAGGAAGCUCCUGGAUCAGCAGACAGAAGAUCUGCAGCAGCAGCUCAGGCACUCGCAGGAGAACGAGGCGCAGCUGGCCAGGACUUUUGCUGAGCUGCAGAUCCAGCAUCAGCAUCAGGAGGCCCAGUUGCGGAUCCUGGAAGAAGAGAAGAAAACCCUCUCCAAUGAGCAUCUCCAGUGUCAGAAAUACAGCCAGAAGAUUUCAGGGCAGCUGUUGGGGUUGCAACAGGAGAGGGAAACCCUCCGGGAAGAGUAUGAGCACAUCCUGAAGGAGGUGGCCAUUUCUGUCAGGAAACAGAAAGAGCGACAGCUCCGGCAUAAGGCCAAGCUCCGGCGAGCGAAGGAGACCUUCAUCUGCGAAGUGAAGCAGCGUGAUGUCCGCAUCAGGCACCUCGAGAACGAACUCAAGCUCUCCAAAAGUCAGUCAGAAAAGGAUGCAAUGCUGAUCGCGCAGGUGACCACUGAGAACGACAGUUUACUCCAAGAAAAGCGGAAGCUCACUCAGCAGCUCCACAAACUGGAGGAAGCGGAGCGGAGCAGCAAGCAGGAACUCUCCACAAUCCAGAGCAGAGUGCGGCUUCUAGACGAGGAGAACAAGCAGCUCCAGGAAUGGACCCUGCAGCUGACGGGUCAGGUUGGGCUCCUGGAGCGGGCGCUGAGGAGCAUUCAUAGCCACAGCUUAGAGGAGCUGAAGAGUAUCGGCUUCUCUGAAUUCCAACCACAAAGCAAAGUUCUCCCCCUUCGCAGCGUAAGCUUCUCAGUGAUGGAGCUUUCGGACUCUCACGGCCUUCUGAAAGCUGUCCAGGAUGGCAAACCCGAGGACCACACAGAAAGGUCUCUGCUUGCCUCUUUGCCCUGCCCACCUUCAGAGAUUGGCUACUUGAACGUGGCUUCUCCUGGGGAAACCUCAGACUUACGCACAGAGGAGCAGAGUCAAGCCUUGUGCUGUGAUCACGUCUAAGGGGACAAGGGGGAAAUUCUGAAGUGGAAUAACAGUACAGAAACCUCUUGUCACUGCUAGGUAGUAUUGCUUCCAUUUGUCAGGCUGCUUUAUCAGACUUUUAGCUUAAAAGAAAACCUUCUAAAGACCUUACUGUCUUUGUUAAAAAUGUGACUUGUACAGAUGUAGUUAUGAGUCUUUAAAAUAUAUAUUUUUUAUUAAAAUUUGUAAAUUAUAACAAGAGAGGGAUAGUUUUACAUACCAAAAAAAAAGCAGCAAAACUCUUCGUUCCUUCAUUUUUUCAUUUGGCAUGUCUGUGUGGGGAUUCCAUACCUUAAGGAAAUGCCCACUUGAAAGGAAAAUACUGUAAUUGUUUUGUCUUCUCCUGCUGGAUAUGCCACACAUUAUUUUAGUUAUGAGUCUUUUAUCUUGUGCCAGAUUUUUAAAUAAAUAUUCCAGAAAUGUA